AUGUUAGAACUGGAAUUCAGUUCAGAGCUGAUGGUGGGUGAUCUGAAAAUGGAGAAGGGGGAGGGGGCGGCAGGAAGACGGAGAGGCCGCCGCCGCCGACUGGGGCGACAGCUGGCAGAGCGCCAGUGGGCAGUAGAGAGAGCAGCCAUUAUCUGUCGGUGGACAUGGCUGCAGGCUCAGGUUUUGGACUUGGAAUAUCGCAUAAGGCAGCAGACUGAUGUUUACAAGCAACUUCGUGCCAGCAAGGGCCCAGUUAUCCUGGGCAGUCUCCAGCAUGAAGAUGGGCUGAAACAGCAGAGUCGACUUGCCUCUCCAGCAGUGAUGAACUCCAGAAAAAAUAAAGCACUGCCUCCAUCCUCUCCCCAUCUCAAGGUGCCCCGUGGCUUAUCUCCUUGCAUCCCUUCCUAUCUCCUACAAAAUGCAGAGAAACAGAAUUCUCACCUUGCCCAGUCCUUAAGAAACCUUGUGUGUCAAAAUCCCUCCUGUGCUCCCAUCAAUGGGUCUCCAGAGCCCCCCAAAGCCUGUGCAUCACCCCAUCAAGUGAACGGAAUAAGUAACUGCUUGAGCGCGUGUACCACCAGCAGUUCUCAAGAGGGUGCAAGUGCCGACAGGCACCUCAAGAAACCAACGCAGCUGAACCACGGCCUGCCUGCAGUGGCCUCUUCCCUUGACAACAGCUGUGUUGCGGCUAGAAUCCGUCCAAUUUGCAGGUACAAGAAGCGCAGGCUGGUGAGAAUCAACACCAUUGCUCAACUGAAUAGAAGGCCACAGAAGCCUCUGAGCAUGAAGUGUAACUGUGAGCAGCCCAAUUCCUGCAUUUUGUGUGACUUUAAAGCCUCUCUUCAGACCAUCGACCCAGAGAGAAUGUCUCUAGAGGAACGAAUAGCUCUGCUGGAUUCUGGCUUCCACCCCAUACUCUCAUUUCCUCACGGCAACCCUCUUCAUUUACACUUUGAGGCCUUCCUGAGAGAAGACCAUUGGCUAAGCCAUGAACCCAAGUCUCUGAAGAUACCCCACUGUGGCCUGAAAGACCUUACCAACAACUUCUGCUCACCUGCUCUUUCUGCACCUGGUUCUCUGCUGAAAGGGUUGCCCAGUUGCAGCUUGUGCACUGCUAACCCUCCUACCCCCAAGCCGAGCGCCUCACACCAUGGGCCCUCUUUGUGCCUCGAAAAUCCUCCCGUUCCACACUCCAAUCAAGUUCCUGGUCAUCCUGCAACUGCCAGCAGCUCAGCACUGCAGCCUGCAAAGAAGAAAAAAGUGGAAUGUUCCUAUGAUAUCAACAAUAUAGUUAUUCCAAUGUCAAUGGCUGCAGCUACACGGGUGGAAAAGCUGCAGUACAAAGAGAUUUUAACACCAAGCUGGAGAAUGGUGGAUCCCAGAGAGUUGAUGAUCUUAGGAGAAGCGGACACAGAGCUGGAAGACACUUCAGAUGAAAUCUAUCUAAACUAUCACCAAAAAUUUGAAGAGCUGGAACGAGCACGCUGGGAUUCCUGGACAGGAACUUCUUCCCACAGACGAGGGAACAGGAGCUCCAAUAAAGCAGAUGGGCGAUGGAUGCCUCAUCCAGGCUGCCAGGACAGUGUGCCGUAUAGUCUUCACUAUCCCCAGGGUGCCAACUCUCCCACAGGAUCGCUCAGCCCAGAGCUUUCCAACAUCCUGACGCCCCUUUUGUUAAGAGGCAGAGGAGGGAAUUCCUUGAGCGAAGACUCUGCUUUCUCUUCCUUCGAUACAGAUGAGAUCCAGAAUGUACAGCCUUGGGAGCCCCGCACAUUCCCUCUUUCUGACACAGAAUAUCAAGCGCUUCAGGACCCACCACAUAAAGUUUUUGGCAAGCAGACAAGUUCCAUUCAGCAGUGGGACUCCAGGAGCAAUCAAGCCUUGAGGACUAACAAUAUAAACGUGUGCCUCUCUCACUCAAGGGAGGGGUUCCUGUCCAACCGGCAGGGGCACCCAGAGGAGAGCAAUCAGCAGCAUCUUGCAGAGCCACGCUGCGCCGUGCCGAUGCUUAACAACAGAUGACCUCUUGGGCCCUGAGAUAGUACAUUGGUAGAGUUGCACCCACACUCUGGAGAUGUAUCACAGAGCUUGGCUAGCAUGCUGCUGGCCUAGUGACACAGUGGCAGCGGAAAGCCCUGCCUGAGCGCAAAGCGGAGGUCCAGCUUUGGACUUGGAGCUCCUGCUCCCCACGAUCAGCAAGGAGGGGCUGGCAGAGGCAAAGCGCUGAGCCUCUGUGGUGUGGGAAGAGGGUGUGACCCAGAAAAGCCCAUUGGCAGGUGGAUUCUGGGUGGGAGGACUCAGAACACCUUACCGGAAGGAAGGUCGGGGAAACCCCCCAAAAGGGAGAAGCAAAGAGGCAACAUGGUACGCCACGGGAAAGCUGUUACUUGGGCAACGUUUGGGAAAGGGUGCCAUUGAGGGGAACCUCACGGUACUGCCUGGGGAAAUUCAUUAGCACAGAGCAUAGGCUGCGUCCCAGAGCCACGGAUGGUGGUGGAGGCUCUGAAGGAAGGUCUGCAGGGAAGGGCGGAUGCUUCCCUAUUAAUUUCAUAUGGUUUAUAAUUUUUACAUAUAUUGUUCUGGAAUCACUGGUUUUCUAACUAGAAAUCAUGUUCUCCUGAUACUGCCAUGAAAAUGACCAAUCAUGAUAAACGCUUUAUACUUUUCUUUCAGAAAAGUUGUAAACCCUAUGCAGUGUAUGGAUAUUCUAAUUUAAUAAAUAAAAUAAACUGACAGGAUGAACAGCACAGCCUCCGAAGUGGCCGUUGGUGUC